AUGGUCAAUAAAAACGAUUUCAAAGUUAUUACCUUCUUUAAGGGUCUCUUACUGGAAAAAUAUUGUGGAGUAAUGUCGCCGACGCUUGGUCUACUUGUAAUUCUGUUGAUAUGUGAUCUUCUUCCGGCACCCCAGGGCGCCUCACAGGAUAUUUGUUUAGGGGGAGAUGAAUUCUGCUCGAGUGUAUUACAACGUCUCUCCUACACAAAGAAGCUACGUAAAAAACCCCCCCCGAAGCCUGGGUCGACUAAGCCUUGGAAAAUUAAAUCUACAAAAAAGACUACUGAAAAACCGUCUGGCGAUGGACCAGAAUUUAAAUUUGACUUUGGCAUUUACAUAUACCCAACUCCAUCAUACGAGGAAUAC